UCCUAAAUCCCAGUCAACCAGUCUCAGAUCAAUGCUUUUCUAUAUAAACCAUCUUUAUGAACCGCUGCGUAGGUGCCUUGCUAUCGAGCCAUCGUUAGCUCGUGCCUGACCUCGCCUCACGGCCUCCGCCGCCGCCGCCGCCGCCACCAUCAAAUUAUAUCAUGGCCGAGACUCGGAUGAACUCCAUGCCCCGGCCGAAGAAGGCCGGCAAGGGGUUCACCAGGCGGUGCGCGUCGCUCGUCAAGGAGCAGCGCGCCAGGAUCUACAUUCUGCGUCGCUGCGCCACGAUGUUGCUCUGCUGGUACAUCCAUGGGGAUGACUAGAGCCGGGGCAUGGCAUGGUCUCCAACUUCAUAUUAUAUAUCUAUCUGCGUGCUUCUCUUUUCUUUUCCUUGAUCUUCUUUUCGGUCCAUCUAGCUGACGAAUAUACCAAGCAGCUUAUUAAUUAUGAACCCUUUACCAUGUCCAUGACGUGGUUUUCUUCUCUCAUCUGAGUCUUGUCUAUUCUUUGGUCUCUCUCUUUUUACCUGUUCCACAUUUGGUGGACUGGGUUUAUGAUGGGUUUUAAGGAGGAGGAGGUUUGCCGCGGCGAAGGUUUCUUUCCGCUGAUUCACGUUGGCGGUGGCAACAAUGACGAUGGGAAGAUUAUAUUACUUGCAGCAUAGAAAGUAAAGCUGGUCUCUAUGAUGUUUCUCA